UGGACGUUCACAAACACGUGUUACAACUGUGAGCUGAGGAAAAACCCAAAUCUGCGCUGGUCUCUAGAAUACAUUUUUACAGUUUAGUAAAGUCUAUUAAUUUUUUGUUUAGGUACACAACAACGCUGUCCUCCGUGAAGCCUUUGCCGAGAGGAUCUUAUUUAUUUUGAGCUCUUGCCAGCGAAAACAACAAAUACAAUGACUGAAGCUGAAGUGAAUCCAAAGGCCUAUCCACUGGCUGAUGCCACACUGAGCAAAACCAUUCUGGACCUGGUGCAACAGGCGUCCAACUACAAACAGUUAAGAAAGGGGGCCAAUGAAGCGACCAAAACUCUGAACCGUGGAAUUUCUGAGUUCAUUGUGAUGGCUGCAGAUGCUGAACCUCUGGAGAUUAUUCUCCACCUGCCGCUGCUUUGUGAGGACAAGAAUGUGCCGUAUGUGUUUGUGCGCUCUAAGCAAGCUCUGGGACGUGCGUGUGGAGUGUCCAGACCAGUCAUUGCUACAUCAGUCACAAUCAAAGAGGGCUCGCAGCUGAAACCUCAGAUUCAGUCUGUGCAGAUGGCUAUUGAACGACUUUUAGUUUGAGCGCAUACCUUUCCACUUUUGUUUUAUGACCAAUGUAAUGAUUUGUUUGUCCUGAGGGCUUGCUUUUUUUAUUUUAUUAUUAUGAUUAUUUUUUUCUUUUCUUGUAAGCAUAAAACAAUGUUGAGUAUGAUCCUCAGCAAUAGACAGACGAAAUAAAGUUUGGUUAAAAAUGACAAGCAUUUUGAUU